AUGGCAGCGCCUGCCAUCCAGUCUUCGGAAUACCUCGGAGGUCAAACGUCGGGAAAGAAAAGAGAGCGCGAGGACACUGACACCGAAGCUCAACAGGAGACGAAACGAAGGUCUGACAAAACCAAGAAGCAAGUUCACUGGAAUCUGGCUCCGAUGCCUCCGUCUUCGGCUUAUUCGCAGCCUCCUUCCUAUGUCUAUUCUAAACCCCCCAACCUCAUAUUCCAGAUGCGUCCUACGAUCAAGCUCCUUUCAGACCAGGUAACUCCCGUGGCACUUGGUCUACGGAACGCGCCUCAAGCCACACAGCGCAACCUGUUCAUCACCCAGGCGCCCCUUGUCAUUGCAGUCAUGGUGUCAACCCAUGGUGGCCAACUUCCAUAG